AUGGGAUCAAUUUAUCGAUCGGAGCACAUGAAAUUGUGCCAAAUCUUUUUCCAAUCUGAAUCCGCAUAUCAAUGUGUUGCUGAAUUAGGAGAACUUGGAAUGGCACAAUUCAUUGAUUUGAAUGAAGAAUUGAAUUCGUAUCAAAGAAAAUAUGUGAAUGAAGUGAAAAGAUGCGAAGAAAUGGAUAGAAAAUUGAGAUUUAUUGAAGAAGAAAUUGAAAAAGAAGGAAUUGCAAUUCCAGAUCAUAAUGAACAUGUUCCAGCACCACAACCAAAACAUAUGACUGAAAUGGAAGCUAAUUUUGAAAAAAUGGAAGAAGAACUUAUUCAAAAUAAUAAAUCUUCAAAAGCUUUGUUGAAGAAUCAUAUUGAAAUGUUGGAAAUGAAAGCUGUUUUGGAACAUGUUACUCAAUUAAUUGAUGCUGUGAGUUCUUCAAUGAGGGAUUAUAGAUUUGUGUAAUAUAUUUCUCAAUCGGAUUCUUGUUUGAAAAUAAUUUGAAAAUCUCAUAACCACUUCAAAAUGUUGGCCGAUCGAAAUUUUGAUUCAAAAAUUUGUUGUGGUCCAAAAAUGGCUUGUCGCCGUUUUUUUUAAAUUUUUUUUGAAAUAUUUUUUUUCUAGCAACACAAACGUGAAGCUGCUUUGUCAAUCUCUGAAGCUGUUCGUGGAGAAGCUGGUCCAUUUGUAAUCGGACAACGACCUGAAAAAGAUAAAGUUGUUCGCGAUGAAAACGAGUUGAGAUUCGUGACCGGUGUCAUCAAACAAUCAAAAAUCAUUGCGUUCGAAAGAUUUUUGUGGAGAAUGUGCCGCGCAAAAGUCUUCGCGAAAUUCGUUCACAUCGCCGAGAGAACUGAAGUUUUCUCGAAUGAAUUUGAGGAUAAAUCAGUCUUCAUUUUGUUCUUUUCCGGAGAUCAAUUGAGAACAAGAGUUAAGAAGAUUUGUGAUGGGUUAGUUUCGUUUAUUUUAAUGUUUGUUCUAAAUAUUUGAAACUAAACCGCAAUUUUCAGAUUCCACGCUAAGAUUUACAAUUGUCCAGACAGUGCAGUUGAAAGAACUCGACUUUUGGAUAAUAUUCGAACUCAAACAGCUGAUCUUCACAAAGUAAUUCAAGAAACAUUGGAUUAUCGUGCAAGAAUUGUUCGAGCUGCUUCAUUGAAUUUGAGAAAAUGGGGAAUUAUGUUGUUGAAACUCAAAUCAAUUUUCCACACUUUGAACAUGUUUUCAGUUGAUGUUACACAAAAAUGUUUGAUUGCCGAAUGUUGGGUUCCAGAAGUUGAUAUUUUCAAUGUUCGACAUGCUUUGGAUCAAGGAACAUUGCAUUCUGGCUCAAAUGUUCCAGCAAUUCUCAACGAGAUGGAAACUCAUAAAUAUCCUCCAACAUAUUUCAAAUUGAAUAGAUUUACUCAAGGAUUCCAAAAUAUUGUUGAUGCAUACGGUAUUGCAAAUUAUCGAGAAGUUAAUCCAGCUCCAUGGACAAUUAUUUCUUUCCCAUUCUUAUUUGCUGUUAUGUUUGGAGAUGCUGGACACGGAAUUAUUAUGCUUUUGGCUGCACUUGCUCUUGUUGUUUUCGAAAACAAAUUGAUCAGCAUGAAAAUUAAGGAUGAGAUCUUCAACACAUUCUUUGGUGGAAGAUAUGUUGUUUUAUUGAUGGGUGUUUUUGCCAUUUACACUGGAUUCAUUUAUAAUGAUAUCUAUUCCAAAUCAAUUAACAUCUUUGGAUCAAGUUGGGUAAAUCCUUACAAGUGAGUUUCUAUUUUACUCUAAAGUUUUUGAUUUUUCUGAAAAUUUUUUAAGUUUCAAGAUCACUACAGAAUUUUUGUUGAGUGUUUGAACUCUAAUAAAUUCAAAAUUGUACCCUGACACGCAAUUGAUUCACUUAUGUUUAAUUUUUAUAUUUACAGUCAAACACUUUUGGCUUCAAUGGAUCUUCAAGGAACCGAAGCUGGUUCUGAAUUGGAUCUAACAUUCCCACCAGAAGUUGCUUUUCUUCACGAUCAAGGACCAUAUCCAUUUGGUGUUGAUCCAGUUUGGAAUUUGGCCAAAAAUCGACUCAACUUUUUGAAUCCAAUGAAAAUGAAAACAUCCGUUCUUCUUGGUAUUGCUCAAAUGGCUUUCGGUAUUAUGUUAUCACUCUUCAAUCAUCUGUAAGUUUCAAUAGUUGAAAGAAAAAAAUAGAUGAAUAAUUUGUUUUCAGUGGAAAUCGUUCAGCUGUCGAUAUUUUCUUUGUUUUCAUUCCACAAUGUCUUUUCCUUGGUUGUAUUUUUGUUUAUUUGUGCAUUCAAAUUGUCAUCAAAUGGUUAUUCUUCUGGGUUAAACCAGCUUAUAUUUUCGGACAAUUAUAUCCAGGUUCAAAUUGUGCACCAUCUCUUUUGAUUGGUUUGAUUAACAUGUUCAUGGUUAAAUCAAGAGAUGUUAGUUGUUUUGAGUUAGGAUAAAUAUUCAUCACAUUUUUUCAGCCCGGAUUUGUUACAAAUCUCAACAAUGGAAAUGGAACAGAUUCGGUUAUUGUAAAUGGUCAAAAUGUGACAUAUACAGUAAUCGAUCAAUGUUAUCUUCAACAAUGGUAUCCAAAUGAAUCACUUGUCGAAGUUAUUCUUCUUUUGAUCGCUGUUAUUUCUGUACCAGUUAUGCUUUUCGUUAAACCAUUUUACUUCAAAUGGAGACAUGGAAAAGGAUUGCCAGUUGAUUUGGGACAUGGAAGUGAAGAACAUGGAGAAUUUAAUUUUGGAGAUGUUAUGGUUCAUCAAGCUAUUCAUACUAUUGAAUUUGUUCUUGGAUGUGUUUCACACACUGCUUCAUAUCUUCGUUUGUGGGCUCUUUCUCUGGCUCACGCACGUAAGUUUCAUUGAAGUUUUGUAUCCGGAAAAUUUUUGAUUAAAAUUUCAAGAAAUGGUGUUUUUAUAAAAUGACAAAAAGCUGAGUCCUCUCUUUCUAGGAGGUCAAAUUUAUAUUGUCACCCUUAACCGAUUCGAAUAUUGUAUUCAUGUUCAUGUUUUCUAUUUCCAGAACUUUCUGAUGUUUUGUGGACAAUGGUUUUGAACAUUGCUUUAUCAAUGGGUGGCUGGGGUGGUUCAGUUGCCAUCACAAUCAUCUUCUACUUCUUCUUCUCAAUUCUCUCAGUUUGUAUUCUGAUUUUGAUGGAAGGUCUUUCUGCUUUCCUCCACGCAAUUCGUCUUCAUUGGUAGGCUUUUUGGAUUCUCUGAAAUCUCAACGGGAAAAAAAAUCAAAAUUUGUAGGGUCGAAUUCCAAUCGAAAUUCUACGGUGGAACUGGAAUCCAAUUCGAACCAUUCAGUUUUGAAAAGAUUAUUCGAGUUUACGAAGGACUUGAUCAAUAA